CUCGUGAACGCCGCGAGGCUCGACUUCGACGCGAAGCUCGACCUCUCGAAGAUCGCGGACGCGUGCGGCGGCGCGUCGUGCCUCACGCGGCACGACGACAGCACGCCGUCGCCCGCGGUCAUCGCGACGCGCGCGACGAACCACGACAUCGUGAUAACGAAGGAAGUACCGGUGGACGUCCACCUUCUCCCGCCCAGCGUGAAGCUCAUAUGCGAGGCCGGGACGGGGUACAACAACGUCGACUUGGACGCCGCCAAAAGGCGCGGGAUCGUCGUGUGCAACGUCCCGACGUACAGCACGGACGCGGUCGCGCACCUCGUCGUGACGCACGUCCUCAACUUCUCAGCGUCCAUCGUGCACCAGCAGCGCGUGCUCGCGCGCGGCGACCGGAGCAACUUCGCGGGUCCGAAGCUCACGCACGCGCACGACGAGGUCGGCGGGAAGACGAUCGGGCUCGUCGGCGGCACCGGCGCGAUCGGCGCCAAGGUGGCGGACAUCGCGGCCGCGCUCGGGAUGAAGACGCUCGUGUGGAGCAGACGCGCGACGACGACGGCGAGGUGGGAGGCGGCGCGAUCGCUGCACGACCUCCUCGAGAGGAGCGAUUACGUCUCCGUGCACUGCCCUCUGAACGCGGAGACGCGACACUUGAUCGACGCGGUCGCGCUGGGGAAGAUGAAGAAGACCGCGUACCUCAUAAACACCGCGCGCGGGGGCGUCGUGUGCGAAGAGGACCUCGUGGACGCGCUGAAGAAGGGAACCAUCGCCGGCGCCGGGUUGGACGUGCAAGAGACGGAGCCGCCGCCGGAGGACUCGCCGCUGUACACGCUCCCGAACGUGAUCCUGACGCCGCACAUCGGGUGGAAGCGCGUGGAGACGAGGCAGCGGCUCAUGGACAUGGUCGCGGAGAACAUCGCCGCGUUCUUGGACGGGAAGCCCGUGAACGUCGUC